CAACCUCGCCCUCGCCUCCGCAUUUCGUCAGUCUUCUCUGGCCACCGGACGAGUACUUACUGCCACUUUGUGCCCUGGUAUAUUCCCCUUGGAAUUAACAUGGCUUUGGCGCCCGUUAUCGCCUCUGCUGGAACGCUGCCGCUUGAACUCGACGGAACCGCAAUCGAUCCAGAGCUCGAGAAACAGGCAGAGGCAAGGGAAAACAAGGACCAUGCGGGUAUGUUCGUGGGAUCCGUCGGCGCAGGGGGAGCCUCUCCGAGCGAGUUUUCUUCUUCCUCCGAGUCUAGUUCGUCUAGCAUUAACGUUGGUCUCGGCUUCGGCGAGGCUGGCGGCCCCGGCACGCCCUUCAUCACCAACCAGCGGUUCGAGUAUCCGUUCCCCGACCCGCACCACAGCCCAACGGAAGACCGGCUCCUGUCCCUCGCCGCGCGUCCGACGCUGCCGUCUUCCGUGAGCACCGAAAGCUCCUCUUCGUCGUCAUCACAGCCCAGUGCAGACACUAAUGCUGGCGCUUCGUCCUCCUCCCCAUCGCACUCCCCCGUGCAGACUACCCACGGCCUCCCCAUCUCCAUCCCCAGCGCCCUGUCCCCGCCCAAAUCCACUGGAUCCAUACCAAAUCCACUUUUGACACACCCAUUAAUCCAGCCGUCGCCACCACCACCGCCCACCGCGGUCGCUUUCUCGCUAAGCAGCCCUCCCUCCUCGCGGCUACCCCAGUCGCAGGCCCAGCCGCAGCACCCACUCUUGCGCACGCAGACGCCGCCUGUGCCGCCAGCACUCAAGCGUCGCUUGCAGCGAUCGAAGUCGAAGCUGAACAGGAGCAGCACAGAUGAGGAUGUGCGCUCGGAGAGCGCGGCGUCGGACGAGGCUGCGGAAGCCGACGUCGAGGACGAGGUUUCGUCAAGUGACAAUACCCAUGACGACGCCCAUGUGCACGCUCGUGGCGUGGCGAGCACGACGACGGUGCAAGAUUUCAAGCUCGCGGUGUUGUUUGUCGGUGUGCUCCUUGCGCUACACAGUUCUGGGAAAGUCGUCUCGUGGAUCUAUGCGCUCGUGUUGUCUGCGUUUUCAUGAUUUCCUCCUUGCUUUUUUUCAUUCUUGUGAUACCCUAAUGUCACCGCGGCAGCAAAACAAAUAAAAUUUGCUCGCCUGUACCAACACCAAAUCCGAGGGACAUGUGCGCUAUGCAUUCCCUUGUGUGUCCGUAAAGCACACCACCGUACACUCAUACGCUCAACCAAAUGUUUCACCCGCAUUAAUGCGGAUUGAUUUCGUCUAUCCCGAUCUAUGAUACGUACCGUCGAUCCGCUCUUCGCAUCUCGCUGUUUUCUGCCCUGGAACCCAUGCCCAUGUCUGAUGAUGACGACCUUCAUACACGUCCCCGUCCAUCUCCUUGCGCAAUCCGUACCUUGCCAUUACUUGCAUGUAUCAUUUACCUCUGUUUUCCUGUCUUUUUCUUUUUCUUUUUUCUGGUUUUCUUCUUUUGUUACCAUAAUGUUAUUCCCCUCAAGUCGUUUCGCAUAGCACACACGGAUAUCUUCCUUUCCC